AUGAGGAUGAACAAAAUUUUACUUGUUUUUGUGUUUCUAAGCAUUGCCACUGUAAUCAAUAGUGGAACAACAAGCAACUUUGUCCGCACAGCUCAACCAUCAACUGAGAUGUCUCUCGAAACUUUUCCAUCUCCGGCUGGUCAUAAUGCUCCGGAACAGGUUCAUAUCGUCCAAGGAGAUUACAAUGGACGUGGUAUAAUCAUAUCGUGGGUGACCCCCUUAAACCUAGCUGGUUCAAACGUGGUUACUUAUUGGAAGGCAGUUGAUGGUGAUGUGAAACCGAAAAAGAAGAGAGGUCAUGCCUCUACCUCGUCUUACCGAUUUUAUGACUAUACUUCUGGUUUUCUUCAUCACGCCACAAUUAAAGGACUCGAGUAUGAUACCAAAUACAUCUAUGAGGUUGGAACUGAUGGAUCCGUUAGACAAUUUUCCUUCACUAGUCCUCCAAAGGUUGGACCUGACGUUCCAUACACUUUCGGCAUUAUUGGUGAUCUUGGACAAACUUUAGCUUCUAACGAGACAUUAUAUCAUUACAUGUCAAACCCUAAAGGCCAAGCUGUUCUCUUCCCUGGAGACUUAUCUUACGCAGAUGACCAUCCAAACCAUGAUCAGAGAAAGUGGGAUUCGUGGGGAAGAUUCGUGGAGCCUUGUGCUGCUUACCAAACCUUCAUCUAUGCUGCCGGGAAUCACGAAAUUGAUUUUGUCCCAAACAUUGGGGAGCCUCAUGCCUUCAAGCCCUACAUUCACCGUUAUCAUAACGCCUACAAGGCCUCGAAGAGCAUAUCUCCUCUUUGGUACUCUAUUAGACGUGCAUCUGCUCACAUCAUCGUCCUCUCCUCUUAUUCUGCCUACGGAAAAUACACACCUCAAUACGUGUGGCUCGAGCAAGAGUUGAAGAAGGUGAACAGAGAAGAGACUCCAUGGCUUAUUGUCAUGGUUCACUCGCCGUGGUACAACAGUAAUAACUACCAUUACAUGGAAGGUGAGAGCAUGAGAGCAAUGUUUGAGUCGUGGUUCGUUAACAGCAAGGUUGAUUUGGUUUUGUCUGGUCACGUCCAUUCCUAUGAGAGAUCCGAACGUGUCUCCAAUAUUAAAUACAACAUCACCAAUGGCUUGAGCUAUCCUGUGAAAGACCCUUCUGCUCCAAUCUACAUCACUAUCGGAGAUGGAGGAAACAUUGAAGGAAUCGCAAAUAGUUUUACUGAUCCGCAACCGAGCUAUUCGGCGUAUAGAGAAGCUAGUUUUGGUCAUGCAGUUUUGGAGAUUUACAAUAGAACUCACGCAUACUACACAUGGCAUAGGAACCAAGACAAUGAACCUGUUGCCGCUGAUUCAAUUAUGUUGCAUAACAGAUAUUUCUUUCCAGUAGAGGAAUUAGAAUCUGGCAACACUAGGGCCUAA